AUGAGCUUGCCGGCUGUUGUCGCCACCGUCACUGGUGUCACAGCUGUUACCACUGUAGUUUCUGUUAUUACCGUUGCCUAUCUCGUGAAUGACAUCAACAACUUCUACGACGAUGCGAUAGGAGAGCUUUCUGACUUCAAGGACAUCGCCAAUGCUGCAUGGUAUGAAAUGAGACCAUCAUAUCAAGAGCUCCGAGAAAAGAGAAGAGCUUUGUUUGGCAUAUCACGACAGAAGAAUCCAAAUAGACCCAGACGGCAAUUCCCACCUCAAUGUGCGUGCGGAGCCAUAUCAGCAAAUUGUCCGCAAGGGCCACCUGGUCCGCCUGGACCGCCCGGGCCAGAUGGAGAGCCUGGACUACCUGGAAAGGAGGGGCAACGUGGUGUUGACGGCAUUCAGAUCAGCUUCGGUGGCGGUGCUGGUGGAUGUAUUAAAUGUCCAAAUGCUGGACCCCCGGGACCUCCUGGACCAGAUGGACCACCAGGACCACCAGGACCUCCGGGACCACCUGGACAGAAUGGAAGAGGAGGUAUGGGACCUCCUGGCCCGCCA